CCCCCUGCAAUAAGUAGUGCCUUUGCAGCGGCAUAGUAGUACAGCACCCUUGGCACCCUGGCAUUGCAGAGGGGGUGUGUCACCGUUCAUCUAGAAGUCUCUAGUAUAGGAAGAACUAAUCUGCAUUGAGAAGAGGGUCUGUCUACAAGAGGACUGGGGACAUCUUGGCACGGAGAGACAAGCCAAAGACUGGCAUGGAGCUAUCUGCAAUCGGGGAGCAAGUGUUUGCAGUAGAGAGCAUUCGUAAGAAGCGAAUACGAAAGGGAAAAGUGGAAUAUCUUGUGAAGUGGAAGGGCUGGCCCCCAAAAUACAGUACUUGGGAACCAGAAGAACACAUUCUAGAUCCACGACUUGUACUGGCUUAUGAGGAAAAGGAAGAAAAAGAAAGAGCUGCUGGGUGCAGGAAACGUGGCCCAAAACCUAAACGCCUCCUGCUGCAGAGGCUGUAUGGUAUGGACCUGCGUAGUGCACACAAAUCAAAAGAGAGGAAACUCUGCUUUUCUCUGUCUCGGAGAUUCAGCAGUGGGCUGGGGACCAAACCUGCCACUGCAUCCACAGUGCCAGAGAAAGCCAAAUCACUGCAGUUCCCACUCAGCAAACAGCGCAAGGGACGAAAGUUUUUAUGCCUCUCCCGUAAGAAGUUUCUACGGGUGUCCACCUAUGAGUCUCUAAGCCGAAGGUCAGAGUUCUUUGCCAAGGAAGACGAAAAGGAAGAUACACAGACCAUUCCUAACUGGCAAGAAGAGAAAUCUACUGAGGAAGACAAGCAUGAAGAAGAAAAAGACAAACAUGCAGAUGAUAAUAAAGAUGAUACAAAGACAGCCACUUCACCUCCCUGGCUUCCUGCUGUGCCCACACCUAUCGAGAUCACUGUUACUGACAUCACCUCAAAUUCUGUCACGGUGACAUUCCGUGAGGCCCGGGCAGCAGAAGGCUUUUUCCGGGAUCGCAGUGGUGAAUGCUAGCUGCACCCUUCCCAUCUGUUGUAUCUUUCUAAUACUCCUCUUUCUUCCUCUUCUGAACUGAAGUUUGAAGACUAGAAAGUAACUGCAAGCAAAUGGGUGUUGUCCCUUUAACCGGCCUGUGUAAACGUGCAGAACACUGUUUCUGUGAUUAUAAGGGUGUAAUGUUUCUUACAAAAUGUAAUGCCAGCUCCACAAGCUACAAUUGAUUUUCUUGAAAUUUUCUCCCAGUUAAAUAGCUAUUAACUUUGUUUAUAAAACUAAAAUGCAAAAAUGUUUUGCAUGGGAAGAGAUGCCAAUUGUGAAAGAUACUGCACAGAAAAUGUGCCAUAGUAUAUGGCAUUGUACAGUUGCAUCAUAUUUUGUUUUUAAUGGUAGGUGUUUUAGCUACAGUAACACAGCGUCUUGUAAAAGCAGAAUAUAUUAACACAACACCCUGU